CCCUGGGCCCCCGACCGCGCGAGCCCACGGCCGUUGGGCCACCCCGCGACCAUCGGCUCCCAAGGGCGGCGCCAUGCGGGCUGGGCCAGCGGUCCUCCUCCUCAGCCUGGGCCUGGGCCUGGGCCUGGGCGGCCUGCCACCGGCUCCAGCUCCGGCUCCGCGCCAGUCCAGCACCGCCGGCCCCGGGUGGCCGGCCCCGCCAUGCGGCCACUUCCACGGAGGCGCCCUCCGCGGACGCCACGCCCGCCUCAGCCUGCCACGCCUCCCGGCCCCGGGGGGCGGCGCCCUCCUGAGCCGCAGCCGCGGCCUCUGCUUCUCCGGUGCCCCGCGGCGCGCGGCCGCGCCUGGCUGGUACCGCCUCAGCGUGCGGGUCCGGCGCCGCACCCGUCGCUGCCUGCCGGGACUCGCGGCGCCGCCGCCCGUCGCCCUGCACCUGGCAGCGCCCGGGGGCCGCCUGGCCCUGGCCUGGUUCCUGCUGCUGCCGCUGCCCCUGAGGCGCCCGCUGGGGCCCCUGGCCUGGACCUUCCAGCUGGGGCUGCUGGGGCCUGGGGACGCCCGCCCGGCCCGCCACGCCGCCCGGGCCCAGCGCUUAAAGCCUCGCUCGGUCCUGCCUGCGCUCCCGCGCGCCCACGCCGGCUUUGUGGCGCAAACGCGGUGUCCCACAGAUGGGCCGGUGCCUGUUGUCUUGCAAGCCGUGAAUUCGUCCGACCACAGCAUAGUGCAGUCUUCCGUGUCCUGUCAGACGGGUCCCUGCGUAAUCCAUGAGGUGAGGAUCAACAGGGACGCAGGCGUUACUGCUGUGCGCAUGACCAGGAAUGAAGGGGACACCCUCAACACCACCAUCAACAUGCACUGUCCAGUCUUCCAAACCCUCACUCAAAGAUGGCUGGUGUUCUCAGUGCCCGCGGUGGGCGAUGUGCCCGACUGGAAUCAGCCUUUGGAUGUGCCUCAGUUGCCAAUAGGAAGCCGCCCCACCAUCAUCCACAUCCCCCCUGCGUCCCUAUCUUGGGGGGUGUACUUGUUUAAUUUCUCAGUGACCAUCCUAACACGGGAUCCCACAGUUCCUCGGCUCUACGACGCGGACUCCAUCUAUGUCUGGAUAGUGCGAAGCCCCCUGGUCGCAGUUAUUGGUGGAGACGCCAACAUCAAAGCUAAUUAUACAGAUGAGGUGGUUCUGGAUGGAAGCAUGUCCUCUGACCCGGAAGAAAGCAACAAAUUGCAGGGGCUCCGUUUUACCUGGUACUGUACCACAAAUAAAAAAAACUACGAUGGAGAUCAGAUACAAGUGGCAAGCAAGGACGUGUGUCACCCAGACCAGGCUGAUCUGAGGUGGCCACAAGCUUCUAACCCUGUGCUAACACUUUCCCCAGGAACGCUUCAAGGGGGCCGUGAAUAUUUCUUCAGAAUGGUGAUACAGAAGGGUGGCCGAAGAGCAUUUUCUGAUAAAACGGUAAAUGUGCUCCAAGGACCAUCUCCUUUGGCACACAUUUCAUGUAUUGAGAAUUGUGGCAGCAAUUUAAUUGUAUCAGAUCGGUUUUCUUUGUACCUAAAUUGCACGGACUGUGUAAGCAGUGACUUCUAUAACUGGUCAAUUGUGUCUGAGUCAGGAGCUGAGAUGCCACUUGAUUGGAUGGGGCAAACUGUAACAGGGAGAAAUGGUGCUUAUUUGUCUGCAAAAGCUUUUGCCUUCAGUCAUUGUUUGGAAACAAAUUACUGGGUUUCUGUGCAAGUAACCAGUUGGGGUGGGAAGACCCUGGAAUUCAAGCAUCCCAUUAUUCUUAACCAUGGUCCUCAAACAGGAGAAUGCACAGUGAAACCAGCUAAAGGAAUUGCAUUUGUUACUAAAUUUGUUGUCCGGUGUAGCAAUUUCACAGAUAAGCACACCCCCCUUACAUAUAAAAUGAUAGUUUCUGAUUUGGAAGGCAUUGCAGAAAUCAGUUCAGUAAAAGAGAACACCUUGGGGCCCAUCUUGCACUUUGGGAGAGACUUUACCACACCCCCUUCCUUUCUCCCUGUUGGUGUGUCAGCUGAUGGUUACAAACUGAGGAUAUUUGUUCAGGUUUAUGACUCUCUAGGAGCUUUUUCUCAGGUGACUUUGGGCGCCACUGUAGAGCCUCCCACUAGUAAAAACUCAUCCAAGAUGGUGUUGGAUCAGUUACUCAAUUCUACCAUGGGACCAAAUUCAUCGCUAUCUGUUCUGCUUCGAGACCAGAAAUUUUUAUCCUCAGGUCACUUAAUGUAUGUAGUGGGUUCUGUUUUGAAUAACAUGAAAACUGAAUCAACUCUCCAGGGUGACAAAGGCAGGCUCCGAGAACACCUUGUCAAUCAGUCUUCUGUUCUCCCUGUGAGCACUUUGGAGGAAAUCAACCAGGUAGUCGUGACUGUUACCAAAUUAACCCAGAAAGCCUCUGAAUUCACUCGAACUGCCCAGAAAAGUGCCACAGUGAGGAUGUGGCAAGCAAAUCAAGGCCUACAAGAGUAUCAACGGAAAGAUAAACACUUUCGCUCUGAACAAAUAGAAAUCAUAGGCUCUGGAAUAUUAACAAGUUUGUCUAAUAUCCUGAAACAGAUUGCUCCUCACGAAGUGGUGGAAGAUCCUUUCCACCUAGCAGAAUCACUGGCAGACACCAUACUGGCUUGUAUGGUGCCAGGGAAUAAAACAGCAAUGAAGAGCGCCAGCAUUAACAUGUUUUUGGAGAAAGCUGAGAAGCAGAAUGUGACCCAGGUCUUCAGAAACAAGAAAGACUGCCCAAACUGUUUUCAGGCAACACUCAAUGGGAGCACAGUUCCUGGUCUGCCCGCAAAGGCUGUAGUUUCUACAAUGUUUUGUGAGUUUGCAGACGACCCCUUUCCUUGGUUACAUCAUUCAGAAAAAAUUUCAACCCAGGUGGUUGGUUUUAGGAUGUGGGGAGCCGCUGAAAAUGGGGAUGCAAUAGAGAUCACGCCCAGUGUGGUGGACGUGUACCUCAACAGGAAAAACUUGACUUUUGCAGCUUUUAAUCUCACAGUGGGACCCGAGGAGGUCAGCGAGUCCUCGAAGAAGACAACAGGGGGGUUUAGCUUUGAAGUGGACCACAGAGAAGUUACGGAGGUGCUGGUCCACAUUGUGACAGAAGUGACUGUGUUGUUCAAGGUGCUGGUGUACGCAGGCAGUCGGGUCACCCCCACUGGUCUGGUCACAACCUUCCUCGUGCCUUAUGACAUCCCUCCGAUUGCCAACCAGAGUGACCAGUUUGACCCUGACUGUGCAGUUAAGGAGGCCCGUGUGAUCUGCCUCCCAGUGUCCCUGCUGCAAGUCAUAGCUCAGCAUAGCCAGUCGCCCACAUGUGCCAUAAUCAUGAUGCUGGAGGCACCUCGUUUCGUCCAGAAGCCCAAUAACAAGCUUGUGAAAAUUUUUCUUUUCAGUGCCCACUGCCUGGGUAUGUACCAGAUCCAGAGUGACUGGAGAGAAGAUUACUGUAGCCUCGGUGAGAGGACCACCUGGCAGAGAGUGCACUGUGUCUGCAAGAAAAUGGGGAGGACCAAGCGGCACCUGAGGAUAAGCGAGCUAGACAACAUUGACCUGAGUACCCACUUCCUGACAUCCAAGGUCAUUGUGAUCCCUAAUCCUGUGGAUCUGCGGUUAAAGAACAUCAAGAAAAUUAGCCAAAACCCUGUGACCCUUUUCACUGUGCUUUUCAUUUUGCUCAUAUACAUCAUCCUAGCUUUCUGGGCCCUGCACAGGGAUGAAAUGGAUGAAUAUCUUCGAGACCAUAUCAUAAUUCUACCUGAUAAUGAUCCUUAUGAUAAAAUAUGCUACCUGGUCACUGUUUUCACAGGAAGUCGAUGGGGAUCUGGGACCAGGUCCAAUGUCUUUAUUCAGCUUAUUGGAACAGAGGGUGCCAGUAGUACACAUUGUUUAAGCCACCCUAGUUUUACCACUCUGUACCGGGGAAGCAUCAACACUUUCCUCCUAACAACAAAAAGUGACCUGGGGGACAUUCACUCCAUUCGUGUCUGGCACAAUAAUGAAGGCGUUUCGCCUAGUUGGUAUUUAAGUCGAAUCAAGGUGGAAAAUCUGUUUAGCAAACACAUCUGGCUUUUCAUGUGCCGGAAGUGGUUUUCUGUUGACGCUGGUAUUGACAGGACAUUUCAGGUUACCCAACCAGACCAGCCUCUGAGAAAAAGGGAUUUCUUCCUGAUUGAUAUUUCUAAAAGGUUAGGGGAAGACCACUUGUGGUUCUCUAUUUUUGCUGGUGUUGCUUCUAAGUCAUUUAACAGGCUCCAAAAAUUGUCCUGUUGUUUAACAUUGUUGCUAAGCACUCUCCUUUGCAAUAUUAUGUUCUUUAAUCUAAAUGAAGAGGAUGAAACUGAGUCAAAAGAGUUGCACUACCUCAGAUCAAUGGCAAUAGGGGUUGAAAGUGCCCUAAUUACAGUCCCUGUGCAAUUAUUAAUAACUUUUUUGUUCAUCCAUUCUCAGAAAAAACAUCAGGUGGAUCUAGAUAAGGUAGCUCCUCGAAAGCAUCCUAUUAUGUCAGAAGAGAGUGGUUACUGGGAUGAUCGUUUGAACAAGUGGCAUGCUCAAGAGACUGCUGAGGAAAGCUCCAAGACGCCUGUCAAGCUUGCAUCCCAGGCAAAGUCUGCUCCCCAGGCAAAGCUCAAAUCCCAGGUGAAGCCCGCACCUCCCAAGGUUUCUGAGAAGGUAACUUUGAAAUCUAUAUCCAGGCAUGAGAAAGAAGGAGCCAAGGCCUCAGGGAUCCACACAGCCAACAGAACUUUUAGUAACAAAAAUGUAGCAGAAAAUCAAGAUGCUCAUAGAGGAGCAGCUUCUUCCAAACAAGAUACUAAACCCCUUGAAAAAAAGUCUCAGAUUGUCCUGCCUUGGUGGUGUGUUUACAUAGCAUGGUCCUUGGUGUUUGCCACUUCCAUCAUAUCUGCCUUCUUUAUCAUCUUCUAUGGACUGACUUAUGGCUACAGUAAGUCGAAAGAAUGGCUCUUGGCCUCUGUCUGUUCAUUUCUUGAGUCCAUUUUUGUUGAGCAGCCAUGUAAAAUUAUACUGGUGUCAGGCGUCAGAACAAAUAAGCCCAAGUAUUGUAAAAACAUCCCGUGGUCCACCAAGUAUCAUUACAGUCAGAUCAAGCUCACCAGGACAAGAAUGAAUCCAGAUGAGAGGAAGAAGCUGCACGAGCACAUCGUUAAAAUCCAAGGGUCCAGGAUGUACCAACCCCUGACAGAAGAUGAAAUCAGAAUAUUCCAAAGGAAGAAGAGGAUCAAGAGGAGGGCCUUCCUGUUUCUGAGUUACAUCCUCAUCCACUUUAUCUUCCUAGUCCUUCUGUUGCUGCUCAUUGUCCUGCUGCGUCACACCGACAGCUUCUACUACAACCAGUUUAUUCGUGAUCGCUUCUCUGUGGACCUGGCUUCUGUGACGAAGCUGGAGGACAUCUACAGGUGGCUCGAGAGCGUGCUGGUGCCUUUGUUCCACAAUGACCAGAAUCCAACAUUUCUCCUUGACAGCUCGUCCAAAAUCCUUGGCCUUCCACUCAUGAGGCAAGUGAGAGCAAAAUCCGGUGAGAAGAUGUGCCUGCCUGCCGCAAACUUCGUGCAGAACAGCAACAUAAAAGAAAUCCGUUGUCGUCCCCAAUAUGGCGUUGACCCAGAAGACACAAAAAACUAUUCUAGCUUUUGGAAUGAAGUGACCAAGCGGCAGACAGGCAAGAACACCACCGGGUUUACUUACAAGCCGCAGGGAAAGCGAUGGGUGUACUAUUCCUAUGGGCUGUUACAUACCUAUGGAGGAGGGGGCUAUGUGUUCUAUUUUUUUCCAUCAGAGCAGCUGUUUAAUUCCACAGUGAGGCUCAGAGAACUCCAAGGAAGCAGUUGGCUUGAUGAGAAGACAUGGGCUGUGGUUUUGGAACUAACGACUUUUAAUCCCGACGUGAACCUGUUCUGUAGCAUUUCUGUCCUGUUUGAGGUCUCUCAGUUAGGAGUCGUCAACACGAGCAUAUCUAUGCACUCAUUCUCACUUGCUGAUUUUGACCGGAAAACUUCAGCAGAAAUUUACUUGUAUGUGGCCAUUCUCAUUUUUUUCAUAGCCUACAUUAUUGGCGAAUUCUACGUCAUUACACAAGAAAGAGCCUCCUACGUGCAAAGUGUGUACAAUCUACUCAACUUGGCUUUAAAAUGCAUAUUUACUGUGUUGAUUGUGCUGUUUCUCAGGAAGCAUUUCUUGGCCACAGCUGUGACUCAGUUCUACUUGUCGAACCCCGAAGACUUCAUUCCCUUUCAUGCGGUUUCUCAAGUAGAUCACACUAUGAGGAUAACUUUGGCUUUCCUGUUAUUUCUGACAAUUUUGAAGACCCUCAGAUAUUCCAGAGCCUUCUAUGAUGUACGCCUGGCUCAGAAGGCCAUCCAGAUCGCACUUCCUGGCAUCUGCCUCGUGGCAUUUGUGGUGUCCAUUUAUUUCUUUAUGUACAUGGCUUUUGGUUACCUCGUUUUUGGUCAGCACGAAUGGAAUUACAGCCACUUGAUUCAUGCCACUCAGACGAUAUUCUCCUACUGCAUCUCAGCUUUUCAAAACACUGAGUUUUCCCAUAACAGUGUUCUUGGGGUCCUGUUCCUCUCAUCUUUCAUGCUGGUGAUCAUCUGCAUCUUGAUCAAGUUAUUCCAGGCAGUGAUCCUGUCUGCUUAUGAGGAAAUGAAGCAGCCAGUAUAUGAGGAACCAUCAGACGAAGUGGAAGCUAUGACCUACCUGUGUCGCAGGCUGAGGACUAUGUGUGGCUUAAUGACCCCCAAAUCAAUGGCCAAAGAUGAGCCCGAGUUCUUCUCCGACAUGCUAUAUGGACAGCCUGAGAAGAGCUGGCGGUACUUGGGGCUUAAGACCAGAAACAUUAAUGGGAAAAAGAGGGUAUAUCUCGUGGUUUGACUAAUGUAGUUUCAAGAGGCACCAACAAAGACUUUCUCCCCAAAUAUUGAGCUUAUGGGAUGAAGUGGAUUAAGGAAUAUUUAGUUACUGCUCAUGCACUUGACCUAACUCCUUUACUAUGAAUUCCUCUUACAACUGGAAGAAUCCCCAUACUUGGCCUCUGCUUUGGGAACAUGAAGCAGCAUGUGAUGUAGCAUCUGGGGAGAGAGGAAGAAUACUCAUGGGAGUCUUGGAUUGGCUUCUGUUUUGAGUGGAGUUCCAUGACUCUUGGUAUAGGGCAAUCCUCCUUUAUUUGGAGGCUGAAGCAGUAUAGAUGAGUUAGAACCACUGCUUUUGAGACCAGAUUUUAGGGAGAGAGCUAAUGAGGGCCUUCUGUAGACCUGGCCACUGUGGACCAAGCUCCGUCCGGUGGGUUCUAUGUGAGAACCUGGCUGCUUGAAUGAGUUCCAGACUCUAGCCAUGGAAGUCCCCUUGGAGGACCAUGGUUGUAGAGCCUCUGUUCUUCCAGUCCUGCCUGGUCAGGCCUAGAGGGGCCUUGAGGAGAGUCUCAAGGCUUAUGUUUUCAAUUAAGAAUGCAGGGUUGGGUGCCAGGUCAGAAUUCCAAAACUUCCCGUUCACCCCUCCAGGCUACUGAAAGUUAAACUUCAGAGCUAUGGUACUUGUGAAACAGCAAAAGGUUUGAAUGGGUUCAUACUGAGAUACAGUAAAUGUUGCAUAUGUAAUAGGUUCUGUGCAUUUGAUUAUUUGUGGCAUGGCAAAUCAUUUAGGAAUAAAUACCGUUGAUCAUUUAAGAGAUAAAAGGGUUAGCUGCUGUUUUUCACUCAGAAACUAGUUCUGAGUUCCUUCAAGGUUUAUAGGAAUCAAAGAUGAGAUUUCUUCUGUGAGACUUGCAGUGAUUCUGCAUGAGGUACAGUGCACACAUGCCUCCUGUAUGCAGAGCUGGUACAGAAAGGAGACAAUCAAGUCCCCAAACAAUGGAUAGCUGCUCUUUGCCCCAGGGGUACCAGUCAUCCUGUGUGGCACUGGAUUGGCCAUGGCAGGCCUGGCUGCAUAGCACAGAACACUUUCCAUUCUUCCUUUCAUAGAACCCAGGCAGCCUCUCAUCUUCACUGCAGUUAGCAGCUGUCAGGUCCCAUUAGGAUGUCCUCACGGCUCUGCAGGGAGGUCACGGAGUGACCUGGUCCUUGCUGGCCCACGGGUUCUCCAUUAUACAGCGCCUUUCUGUAACAAGACUUCUGCACAGAUGGAGAAAAAGAGUAAACUUGGGGCCAAAGGAUUACACAGAACAAAUGGGUCAAAAGUCAAGUGCAGGCACAGCUAAACAGGCCUGCCUUUGGGAUGCUACUGACAGGGAGGCAGACUCUUGUGGUCAGUGGCUGGGUGUGCCCUGGCACUCUCCCCUACUUCAGCAUCACCUAUAUUCUCUGACCCUCUACAAGGGCAUAAAUUUGCUCAAGGUUACAACAGUUGGCUUCCCUUCCCAGGAAGGAAGCACAAAGUGUUGGGGAGAAGAGUUCCCACCUAGGAGGCCAGCUACCAUGUUGAUGGGGAGCUGUGUAGCACUUGAGAGUUCCUGAAGAGGAAGGGAGGCUCAGGUCAUAAACACGCACCCACGUGGGCAGUUGCAGCCAGAGAGGCUCCAGGGAACUGCUGAGGCCCAGGGAAUGGGAGAAGCCAGGAAGGGGACCAGGACAAGCUCUGAUGACUGUCCAGAGAAAACCGGGGUACCAGCUGAGAGUCUACCUGAGUGAGUCUGGACUUUCAACUUCUUGGUGAAAUGGAAAUAUGGCCAAGUUAACAAGAUUUUUCCUAUGCACAUGGGAAACCAUGUCUUCUAACCUGAGAAAGCAAUGACAAAUAUUUAUGCAGUUUAAAAACAGAGAAUCACAAUGGAAGCUUCUUUGGAGGGCCAUUUUCACAUAUAGGCAGCAGUCUCUGAAAGUCCUUCAGAAAGACUUUGUUCGCACUGUACUACUAUGGACAGGACAGGUAUAUUCUAGUAUUCCUUACUCUCCUACUCCCCACCCCCACCCCCUGCUAUUUAUUCGCAAUUCUGUCAUUUCAGAUUUAACCUGUGGUCCAUUGUUUUCAAUGUGAAUCUGCAGUGGCCAGAUAAUUGUCUCUACUGAAUUUAUUAAUGGCCCCCGCAGUUCCAAGACAGACUUCUCCCCAGUGGAAAAAAACCAUAGCCCAUUUGGAUGGGAGUGCAACAAGCUGAUGGUCCCCAAGGCACGGGUGAAAACCCAUUGCUGCUGGGCUGAGGGCCUCCAGCUGGUAGGAGCAGGCACAAGGCAAAGCAUCUGAGGCCUGACCCCACAGGUUCAAGAGUGGGGACCGCUCAGGGCUGGGGUUCAGAUGGAGGCUGGCAUGGCUGUAACCAGGGCCUAGGGUCAGGUGAAAGCUGGCUGGAGGGCAGUCCACGGGGGUGGAUGGAGGCAUUCCUGGGCUGAGUUGAGGCUUUGUAGGUGGAGGCUGGGUGAAAGGUCCUAAGGUGGCACAACUUCAUUAAGAUUUUAGGGGAGGACAGGUCUUGCUUUAACCCGCCUUGUCCUAAUGGAGGAGACAGGCAGCAGGUGCACUUCAGCACCAGGGGUGGUGCUGGACUGACAAGAUGGUCAGGAAUCCGGACCAACCCUACUCCAUAGAAUGCAGUUGAAAAUGGAAGGAAGGUGAGCGCCCUGAGAGGCCAGAACAGCAGGCCAGGUCUGCCUGGGCCUGUCCCCGGCCGGGCACAAAUGGAAAAGAAGCCACCCAGAAUCACAGCACCCAGGCCCUGCCAGCGUGGGGUGACAUCCUAAGGGUACCCGCAGUGACUGAAAGGAGUAUGUCCACAGCAAAUUCUGGUUGGAGUCUGGCCCGUGAAGUCCCGGGUCUGGGAAUCGAGGGGCAGGGCCCUAGAAGCACUUUGGGUCAUGGAGUCAUGUGAGUGGAAGCAGCAGCAGGGGCGAGAGU